AUGGUUUGUCAGCUGGCCAACAGCAAGGGGUGUGACGGUAUCGAGCCGGACAAUGUGCAUUCAUACAAUGGGAACAUCAUGGUGAACGCCAUUAGCCAUUUCACCAUCACGAAAAAGGACCAGUUCAACUUCAACUCGUACGGCAUGUCAGUGGGUCUCAAGAACCCAGGCCCCCUCGCACCCUCCCACAUGGCUGGCCUGUUUGAUUGGGCGCUUGUUAAAGAGUGCAACCAGUACACGGAUUGGAGUGGUGGAGAGUGGUACAGCGGCAGGUAUGGGUGCAACUAUGCCAAGGAGUUUAUUGUUCGCAACAAGGCGGUGUUUGUGGCUGAGUAUGUGGAGAGCUGGGGCAAUUCGGCAGGAGUGCAAAACGGCAUUCGAUUCCCACAGGCAUCUCUUUCCCCCGACUGGUCCGCGUGCCUGCGGCCAGUCACAGGUCACCCGCUUUCCGCCACCCACAGCCGGGUUACGUCAAGAGCCGCGCGCAUUCCCCCACCCCGCGCCCGUCUCUACCCCACGCCGUGCGCUUCCCCCGCUACGAGGGGGAAUGGGAAGGCGCACGUGUGGCUGCCGCUGCGGCUGGGGAUGGGUCCAGGUGGACUGGGCGGCAUCUCUUGGCAGCAUGUGACUCUGCACGUGGUGCAAGUGGCGGUGGGAUGUGCUACUGGAAUCGGACGGUCAUCCUUGCGCAAUCAUGCGCACCGUAGACAAAGAAGAUUCUCGAGAGUGCCAACGCAAUCCCCGUCAUCGCCAUACUCGUUACCAGCAUCAGAAUCAUCCUCGUUAGUAUCAUCCUCGUUAUUAACGUCUUCAACGUCAGCACCAGUGAUACCGUCAGCCGUUGCAAAGCUGUUGCAGACAGGAAACGCUGCGGUGCUGCUUCUCGUCUGCCAGGCCUUAUUCCCAGCGUCCUUUUCUGUCGCAACUCCCACUCUAGCCGUUCUCCACCUUCUCUUCUCCUCGCCCCUCCUCUCUCCUCUCGGCCGCCUCCUCUCCCCCCUCUCCCGCGCCCUCGCCCCCCUCUCCCGCCUCCUCUCACUCCGCCCCCGCUUGCGCCCGCGCCUGGCCAGCAGCACAUGCGGGGGGAAGGGGGAAAGUAGCCUGAGCGGGGAAGGGGGAGGGAUGGGGAUGGGGGAUGCUGAUGGGGAUGAUGAUGGGAAUUUGGGAGACGGGGAGGAGGAUGGGGGGGAAGACUUUUGGAAUGGGGGCGAAAUGGAAAUUAGUGGGGAGGAGAAUGCGUAUAUCGAUGACGGCAAUGAUGAUUACUCUAAUGAUAUUAAUUCUAAUUAUAUUGGAGAUGAUUGUGAUGAUGCCGUUAGUGCGCCAUCUGGCAUCAUGCGUGACGUGGCUGCUGAUGCUGACGUGGAGCAUGGAUGGGAAAGGAACCUGCGCCUGCAUGCUCCAGGGGAGGCGGAGGGGGAAGGAUGGGGAGAGAUUGGGGGAGGCGGGGGAGGUGGAGGCGUGUUUGGGAGGGCAGCAGUGGCGGUAGCAGUGGGCGGGGCCAUAUUCAAGAAACUGGCUCCAAGCUUACAUCACACGCUGGUCUGUCUCGGAGCAUCUCUCCCAAUAGCCGUGGAGUAUGAGCGAGUGCGGGUGCGCGUGGGGAAGGGCCCAGCAGGGGCGUGUGGGAGGGAGGGCGAGGCGGCGUGGAGGAGGGCGCAUAGAAGGGCAGCAAGCCGAGUGGCGAAGCUGAUCAAGACAUACCACGACAACGUCAACCUCUCACAACCCCAUCAGGGGCACAUGGCACGCUCUGAUUGGCUGCUGUCACGCUGGCAACAGGCCUUUUCUCUCUUCCUUCGGGCUGUCUUUCUCGCUCUCAUCUUCUCCCCCCUCCUCCUCCUCGGCCCCCUCCUGCUGCUGCUGCACCGCUUACUGCCAGACGCACAGGCAGGCGAAGCGAAAGGAGAAGCAGGAGAAGACACAGGGGAGAGCAAGGGGGUGGUGGUGGUGGUCGCUCGGCAACAUCAAUCCACGGAAGGUUCUUCAAAGGAAUCUCCUUCGAACGAGGUCGCGUCAGCUCAAGCCACCACACAGGAUGCUUCUUUCAAGGAACCUUCCAUGAAGCAGCGGUGCAGAGACACCAUCCACCAGCUGCUACUCUUCGCCCUGCGCCGGGGGGGAGCAGCGUUCAUCAAAUGGGGCCAGUGGGCCUCCACCAGAGAAGACCUGCUCCCGCCCUCCCUCUGCCUCGUCCUCGGGUCCCUCCAAGACCAGGCCCCCACGCACUCCUUCUCGCAUACCCGCCGCGCGGUGCGGAAAUACCUCGGGUGCCCGUUGGAGGAUCUGUUUGAGGAGUUUGAGAGGGGGGCUCUGGCGUCGGGGAGCAUAGCGCAGGUGCACCGGGCGAGAGUGAGGGGCGCGUGUGCGCACGUGCCUGAGUGGGUGGUGGUGAAAGUGCGGCAUCCGCGCGUGGGGUUGAGGAUCAAGCAGGACUUUGAGGUGAUGGCGGGGGUGGCUGCGGUGGUGGACCGUGUGCCGGGGCUCAAGUGGAUUCGGCUGCAGGACAGCCUGGAGCAGUUCAGUCACACGAUGAGAGAGCAGGCUGACCUGCGUGUUGAGGCAUACCAUGCCCAUCGUCUCUACACCGACUUCUAUCCCGUGAGGGAGAGGGUGGUGAUCGCCCAGGUGCUGCCGCACCUGGUGUCCGAGGGAGUCAUUGUAGAGAGCUUUGAACGCGGGGAGCCGCUGCACCGGUUCCUGCAUUCCAAAGAGAACAGCUCUCUCAACACACAGAUAGCAGCAGUGGGAGUGGACGCGUACCUGAAGAUGCUGCUACAGGACAACCACAUUCACUUGGACCUGCACCCUGGGAACAUCCUCGCUCGCAUGGCAGCACCGCCACCUGCACCACCCACAGGGGAGGGCGCGCUACAGCCGGAGGGACAGGCGCAGCAGGGUGCGCUACAGCUGGUGAUUCUGGACUAUGGGCUGAUGGAGGACCUCUCAGCCCACGUGCGCUCCAACUUCCUCUGCUUCAUCGCCUCCAUCAUGUCCUCCAACGCCCAGCAAGCGACCCACUUUUUGCUUCGGUUCGCGGCACCGUUCCCCCAGCGCUGCACCAACCGGGAUGCGCUGGAGGCUGACAUGCGCGAGCUGUUUGCCAGAGACUGCCAGCUACACCACCGAUGCAUGGACCUUAAUGAUGUGCUUAAAAAGAGGCACGCGAUGUUUCCCGCGUCGUCCAUCCAUGGCGGCGCGGCCCGAGCCUCGGGAUCUUCGCCGUCGUUAAGUGCGUCCGUUAGUGGCGGCGAUGGCGACUCGGACGUGCUGGAUCACCGGCAACUGCUGGGGCUGCUGCAGGUCGAGCGCAGGGAUGCGUGGGGGGAUGUGCGGGGGGAUUCCGGGGGAGCGGGGCUGUGGAGGCUGGUGCCAAUCGCCAAGGAGCUGACCCUAGACGCGGGCCAUUUCAUAGCAGUGCGCGCCAUUCAGGAGUUGAGGGAGCGAAACAGGAGUUCUGGGGGGGAUCGGCCGCUGCUGGUGGGGAUUGGGGGACCGUCUGGGUCUGGCAAGUCAAGUCUGGCGCAUCGCAUCGCGAGCAUGCUGGAAGGAACGGUGAUAGAGCAAGUGAACUACAUGGAUGCCGCGAGGAGGACGGGCGAUAUGCAUGAUGUGGAUGCCCUCGACAUGGCACUGUUGCACCGCCACAUGCAGGACCUGCUAGCAGGGCGGCCCAUCGAGAUGCCUCUCUUUGACUCGGUUGACCGCCGCCGCUCAGGGUUCCGCCUCAUCACGCCAUCUCCUUCCGCUGUGAUUCUUCUCAAGGGCGUGUAUGCACUGCACUCGCGCCUGCGCCCAUUGCUGGACCUCGGGAUUGCCGUGGUGGGGGGCGUGCACUACACGCUGCUGCAGAGGGUCAAGUCUGACGUGGCACAGAGCGGCCUCCAGCUGUCACUCGCCUCCGUCAUGCACUCGGUCUUCCCGGCGUUCCCGCUCCACAUCGAGCCCACGCUCGCGCAUGCAGAGAUCCGCAUCAGCAACAGCUUUGUGGCCGACUCCCUCCGCCACCCCUUCUACAUUCUCAAAUCCGACCAAACGGUGGCAGAGGACAGGGUGAAACAGGUGCUGGGUUCGACCCGCACCACACGCAACGAGUACCGCUAUGUGGAUGUGUAUUUGUCUCCGCCUCACAACCCCACGCGCACCAAGGAGUGGAUUCGAGUGCGGCAGUGCGGCAUCCGCUAUUUCCUCUCCGUGGGAGACCAACGUGUGGUCGACCGCAGCUUCAUCAUCCGCCCGCGGGCCGAGUUUGAGGUACCAUCCACCACUCUCCCCGGUCUCAUCCAGUGCUCCUACGCGGUGGCAGUCAGCUUCUCUCGAGACUCUGUGGUUCUCUCUAACGGCGACCUCUCAGUGUGCAUCGACACAAUUCACCUGGGCGAGGGGCACAGCCGCACGUACACUCAAAUCAAGGGACCAGACAGACAGACGGUGCUGGCAGCAGCAGCGGCUCUGAGAUUGGAGGGACCGUGGGUCACGGACGCUUAUGUUGACAUCGUCAUGCGCCAUGUUGGCGCCCCUCGUCUGCCCACACCUCCACUCUCCUCCUCCUGGGUACGCUUCGAGUCCGACCAGAUCGAAUCCCUCACCUCCUCUCCCUCCUCCUCCUCCUUCCUCUCCGUCCCCUCCUCCCAACCUCCCCUCUCCACCACACCCGAACUCCCUCAAUACCAACCACCUGCUCCUCCUCCUCCUCCAUCUCAAUCCCCUCCUCUCUCCCACUCUGCCAUUCCUUCACCUCCAUACCCAUCCCAACUCCCUUUCACCGCAUCACCACCUCCCUCCCAGUCCCCUCUCCCUGCACGCAUCUCCGCAGCCCUCUCUGCUGCCUCUGCGCCUCUCCCUGUGCGCCCACGAGCCAUCAACGUCGGCUCUCCAGGCUCAUCCGGGGGAGGUGGAACUGCUGGGGGGGUUGAGAGCAGGCCGGGGGAGAGAGGGGUGGAGGAGAGAGGGGUGGAGAGCGGUGUGGAGGAGCAGGAGCCAUGGACCCGUUCCCCUACCAGGGCGAGUGAAGCAGCAGCCUUGGCAGCCCCGGCAUCAUGGGGUCUCACAGGGCUGGCGGACUCUGUGGGCCUCAUGCACACGCAGAUGAUACAGCAAGUCAUGGCUGGUGGUGGUGCAGCUGAAGUUAAACCCUCUCCUAGUGCCUCUGCUGCUAGCGCAACUGACGCCACUGGUGCUGUAACCAGCACUACCAGCACCACCAGCAGGAGCAGCAGUACCAGCACUGCUGGUGGUGUUGCUGCUGCGGAAGAGGGGAUGGGGGCAGCAGGUGGUGAGGGUAUAUAUGGCGCGACUUCCAGGCUUGCAACGUCUGCCGUUGGUGCAAGAGAGCCUCUUGGUGCUGCAGGUGCAGCCGUAAGCGACAGGCGGCAACAGGCAAGCGUGCAACAGGCAAGCGUGCAACAGGCAAGCGUGCAACAGGCAAGCGUGCAACAGGCAAGCGUGCGACAGGCAAGCGUGCAACAGGCAAGCGUGCAACAGGCAAGCGUGCAACAGGCAAGCGUGCAACAGGCAAGCGUGCAACAGGCAAGCGUGCAACAGGCAAGCGUGCGACAGGCAAGCGUGCGACAGGCAAGCGUGCAACAGGCAAGCGUGCAACAGGCAAGCGUGCAACAGGCAAGCGUGCAACAGGCAAGCGUGCAACAGGCAAGCGUGCAACAGGCAAGCGUGCAACAGGCAAGCGUGCAACAGGCAAGCGUGCGACAGGCAAGCGUGCAACAGGCAAGCGUGCAGCAUGCAAGGUGGGAGGACUCAGGCAGUAGCGAAGCGCGUGGAGGAGAGCAGCAGAGAGAGCAGGGGGGAGGACAGCAGGGAGGGCAGCAAGGAGGAGGAGGGAUGGCAGAGGGAGGGGCUGCAAGGUACAGGGGAGCAGAGGGGCGGACAGGUGGCCCAAGCGAGCAGGAGAGGGGCAGGGGAACGGCUCAAGGAGGAAUAUCAACACAGAGGGGAGGUGUAGAGCCAGAAAUGGGUGGUGCAGCAUCGGAAAUGGGAGGUCAAGCAUCGGCAUCACAGAGGGCUCGGUUUGACCUCAUUCCAAAGCGAGAGCAAUUCAACUUCGACCGAGGACUCGGUCUUGCUGUGAUGGCCGUGCAGAAACUCCUUCGCAGCAACGGUCCUCCAGUCAUUGUAGGCAUUGGCGGACCCAGCGGCUCAGGCAAGACGAGCCUGGCAUGCAACCUCGCCCGUCUGCUCUCCUGCGACCUCCUCUCCCUCGACUCCUUUUUCAACGAUACAGCUGACGGCACCAACUACGAUGACGUGGCGGUCGUGGAUUGGCCGCUGCUGCGCCGCACGCUGCAGGACGUGCGGGAGGGGCGCAAUGCGGUUACCCCAGUGUUUGACUUUGGCACAAUGAGGAGGGUGGGGUACCGCCCUGUGCACAUGCAUGGGGAUGGGCAUGGGCAUGCUGACGUGGCUGCAGCAGUAGCAGCGGCAGCAGGAGUUGAGACAUCGUGGGAGGCAGCAGGAGGAGCAAGGGACGGCAGCAGCUCCAGCAGUGGAGUGCUAGUGCUGGAGGGAACGCACACGCUGCAUCCACUCCUGCAGCAUCGGCUCGACCUGCGCAUUGCUGUGGACGGGGGAGUGCACUCGCACCUGCCAGCACGAGUUCUUUCCGACCUGCAAACAUGCAGCUUGCCACGGCCAGCAGAGGAAGUGGAGGCAACACUCUUCCCGCUCUUCCGCACACAGAUUGAGCCCUUCCUCUCCACGGCGCAUCUGCGAGUGGUCAACAAAUUUGACCCCUUCCACGCCCGCGACGCCUCACAGUUUGUCCUCAAGAGCGACAAGAAGGUUACGGAGGAGGACAUUUUACGGGUGGUUGACCCCUCCACCCACCACCGGCGACAGCUGUGCUACACGGACGUCUUCUUUUACUUGCCUGGGCUGCACCCAGAGGGGCCUGUGAGGGAGUCCGAUUGGAUCCGCGUGCGCUGCUGCAACAACCGAUUCGCCGUGCUGAUUCGUGAGCCGUUAACAGAGGGUGACUUUGUGAUUCAGCCGCAAGUGGAGUUUGACAUCGGACUCUCCACAGUGGCAGGGCUUGUCAGGCUGGGGUACCAGGCAGGGCUGUUCAUGGAAGUCUCAACCUCGGUGUUCCAAGACGACCAGAUCUCAGUGGAGGUGGUGGGAAUCAAGGGUCUGAAUGGGCGGCGCUUUGUGCAAAUCAAGGGCAGCAGCCGGGACGCUGUAGCUGCUGCAGGGCGAGCCAUGAGGCUGGAAGGGACGUAUGUUACCAAGCCAUUCGUGGAGAUAAUCCACGACAGCAACCGAGUGUUCUUCUCAGAGUCUGUCGACGUCCAUCACAGCCAGCAGGCCGCCCGCCUGCACGCCCUGCUGCAACGACUCAACGUGUCCCCUCAGGCUGCUCCAUUGUUACUACCUACCACGACUGUCGCUGGCACCAGCAGCAGCAGCAGCAGCAGCAGAGAGCACAACAGAGCACUCGCAGCGUUCAUGCCACCAUCGUACCCUUCUGCUACAUCUGCUGCUACAGCCGGCACCAGUACACCCUCUUACGGCGUACUGCCAGCUAUGCACACUGUUGUUGCUGCCGCCGCUACAGCUGCUGCCGCUGCAGGAGCAGCUACAGCAGGUGCUGGUGCUACAGAUGGUGGUGCUAACAGUGCCAGCAUCAUUCCGGAAGUAUCUCUGCCAACUCAGCCUCCUGCACCGCCACCACCGUCAGCUGCUUCUGCCACGUCAGCAUUGCAACAGCCAGCUGCCACGUCAGUGUCGCCGUCGACUGCCAGCCUGGCGGCUCGGCUGCAGCUGAUGGACGCUCGACUGACGUCGCUGGAGCGAAUGCAAUUCCUCAACACCGCUCUCCUGGGGUCGCUCCUCCUCUGCUGCUGCGUCGCCCUGCUCUUCUCCCGCCGCCCGCAUCGGUGA